CCCGCCGCGUGGCUUUGUAACUCGUCUGCCGCUUCGUGACUGUCCCACCCAGGCCGAAUGGUGCUGCACCGAUAACAGUCUGCCGUGCGCUCAAGGAGGCCUCACAGAACUGAGUUGUAUCAGGAUGUUUCAUCAACAUGUUGGCCUAUCGUAUAUUCUCCUGACUACAACAUCACGUUUAUGGGACUUGAGAAACUGCAUCCUUUUGAUGCGGGGAAAUGGGGAAAAGUAAUCGAUUUCUUGAAAGAAGAAAAACUAGUUGUAGAUGACUUGAUUGUACAGGCACGAGAAGCUACUGAAGAUGAUCUCUUGGUUGUUCACACAAGGCGCUACCUUAAUAAAUUAAAGUGGUCGUUUGUUGUAGCUACGAUUACGGAAAUUCCACCAGUUCUCUUUCUUCCCAAUUUCCUUGUUCAGAGAAAGGUUUUGAAACCUCUACGAACCCAAACAGGAGGAACGAUAAUGGCAGGAAAGCUUGCUGUUGAUAGAGGCUGGGCAAUCAAUGUGGGGGGUGGUUUUCAUCACUGCUCAAGUGACAAAGGUGGAGGAUUUUGUGCAUAUGCUGAUAUCACACUGGCUAUUAAGUUCUUAUUUGAAAGAGUACAAGGGGUUUCUAAAGCCACAAUUAUCGAUCUGGAUGCUCAUCAGGGAAAUGGCCAUGAGAGAGACUUCAUGGAUGAUCAUAGGGUAUAUAUUAUGGAUGCAUACAAUAGAUAUAUUUAUCCAGGGGAUGGAUUUGCUAAACGUGCCAUAAAACGCAAGGUGGAAUUAGAAUGGGGUACAGAGGACACGGAAUAUCUUCAGAAGGUACAAACUCAUGUGGAAGGAGCGUUAAAUGAAUUAAAACCUGACAUCGUUGUUUAUAAUGCUGGAACUGAUAUUCUAGAUGGUGAUCCAUUGGGAGGACUUGCUAUUUCACCUCAGGGAAUUGUGAAGCGAGAUGAAGUAGUAUUCAAGGCUGCCAGAAGCCGCAGAAUUCCAAUCUUGAUGGUGACGUCUGGAGGCUAUCAGAAGAGGACAGCGCGGAUUAUUGCUGAUUCUAUUCUUAAUUUGCACAACCUGGGGCUUAUCGACAAGGAGCUAGCAACCAGUGGAGCUGAAAAUCCUGAGGUAGAACAGAUGCUUAGAAACUCUGUUGCAGACUUAACCAACUUGUCACUGCAAUGACAAGAUCCUAAAUAUUAGGAAACAACUUACUCUUUCAGGAAUAGGAAGUCUCUACAUCAUUACCAGGGUAAUAUAACAUUCCAAAAGGACUUAACUUGCCUGUAAAGUUACAAAGUACAGAUAAUACACGAUCACAGAAUAAUUGUGUUUAACUUCUGAAUCUGUCUUGAACAAAACAACGUAUUGUCCUGAGCUAACUUAGACUUAUUGAAGGGCACUAUCUUUCAGUUAUGAUACUACUAUAGAAAGCUUUAAUUGCUUCUCUUACUGUCAUGGGUAGUCUAUGUUUGAAGAACUAUGCAGUUAGUAUCCGAAGACUGUCCCAGACACGUUUCAGAUGAUAUGAUUCUGACAAUGAUGGGAGAAAUCUGGUCUAAACCUUACUCAGCAUUCUUUGUUAAAUAAUGUAUUACAUUUUAUUUUUUUGAAAACUGUUGUGAGAAUUCUGUACAGUCCUCAGCUGUCAGUUUAAUGUUAAAGUUUAUGUGCAAUACCAUGAAAAACAGUUUGAUUAUUUGACUUUUAAGCCAUAGCCUAUUAGAAUGCAAGUUUAUUAAUUUAUAUUUUAUUCCUAUUAUUGACAGUGAUUUAAAUCCUACUUUAUAAACAAUUUCAGAGAAGGAAUAUGAAAUACUUAUGUCUCAAUAUGCAAAUGACCCCUAAGGGCUCAGCAUUAGCAGUUUGUUUUUUGUCUCUCUAAAAAUGAGGCCUGCAUGUAAAAGGCAAUAAUUACUAUGCACCGAAAAUUGCAUGAUAAAGAUAUGAAAUUAGAAUUAACUUUAAAGUUCUGAGAAAUCUUACAGAAAAUAAAAUUAGUGGAAGUUCAGAGGUACCUCUUGUAAUAAACUGGUACUAACCGCUUAUCAUGUAUAAGUCAACAACAGUCAUUGGAGAAUUAAUUUUGAUUUCCCCCCCCGCCGCUACUGCUGUGCUUUUUCAUGUGCUCAGAGACUAGUGGUAAUCAUAGUUGUAGUCAUAGUUGGUAAUCAAAUGGUUAAUAUUUAGACUAAAAAUACUGUGAAAUUGCUACAUUAAGCUUACAUAAUAGGAGCUACUGUGAUUUGGGAACAAAAAGUGUAUUCAAAAGCAAAUUACAUGCAUUUAUUAACAGCAAAGUUUUUUUUAAUUUAUGUUAAUAUAUUUUGCAUUAGAUACUGUUCAUAGCAUUGGGUCAUAAAUGUACUAAACUGUA